UUUGGAUAUCUUAUGUCUACGAGAAACGCUAAAGAAGUGGAACAUUUUUAAUGGUUUCUUUUCCUUUUAUCUUCGCUAAAUCUAUAAAACCUAUAAAAGCAUAAAUUUUUGUUGUAUAGUAAUCAAUCUGGGAGACGAGGAGCAACUAAUCAUUACAGAGGCGUCUUCGCUUUCGUUCCAUCUCUACGUCUUCCCGCCCCCAUGUCCUCUCCUAUAUGUAGGAUCGCUCUGUGUCUUUCUCAACGAUCAGUGUUAAUCAGCGCGGGAACGCCGAAGCAGCAACAACAAGAUGAUUCGUUGGAUCUUUCUUUGCACGUUUCUCUUUGUUUCUGGUGUCAUUGAGCUUUCUUAUGCCGUCGAAUUCCAAGACUGUGGCUCUAAGAUCGGACACUUUACGAAAAUAACCGUUUCUAAUUGUGAUACUUCCAAAGCAGCAUGCGAGUUCGUUCGAAAUACUAAUGCAAGUCUAAUUAUAGACUUUAUACCAUCUCAGGAUGUUUCAAAAAUAGAAGCAGUUGUUCAUGGUAUAAUUGCAGAUGUGCCAAUACCAUUUCCUUUACCACAUCCCAAUGUGUGUACAAAUACCGAAUCUAAUAUACAGUGUCCUUUGAAAAAGGAUACUCAAUAUACUUAUAAAGCUGUUUUAUCAGUAGAUCGAAAUUAUCCUAGGUUGUCUGUUAUAGUUAAGUGGGAACUUCAAGAUGAAAAUAAACAGGAUAUUAUUUGUGUUAAAAUACCAGUAAAAAUUAAAUAGGAAUUUCAUAUAUGUGAAUAUAGUUAUUUUUACUUGUAAUUAUUUACUACUUUCAAUUAACUAUGUUCUUAAUGAUAUUGGUCUGUAAUUGAUUUAUAAAGAUUAAAAUUAUGAAAUAAUCCUCA